AUGAAGGUAUCUUGUCAUAAUCUUGCUUCUAAUGCUAUUAGUUCUUUGAAAACCCGUCCACAUGUCUUAUCACUUUAUCGUCGAGUAUUUCGAAUAGCUCGAACAUGGAAAGCACAGUCUGGAUUUAAGGAAGAUUCUAUACGUGAAGCUGCUCAUAUGAAAGAAGAGGCAAGAACUCUAUUUCGACAAAAUGCACAUCUUACUGAUGUAAAAGAGAUUGAAAAUCAUAUCAGAGAAGCUGAGGCGAGAAUUGAAUUAACGCUACAUUACGGCACACCCUAUCCUCGUUUGAUCAAUGCACCCCCGAAUACACUAGCUGCGCAUAUGACUACAUCAUCAAGUAAAAGUAACAAGGAAAAAUCACAACUAUCUCGACGAACGGAACGAGUUUUACGUGAAUCUGUACCAUCAUAUUUAAAGUCGUAUACGUAUAAACCAAUAAAAAAGAAGAUUGAAAAACGAGUACGCUGA